GGCCAUGGAGAGCCUGGCGGGCUACGUGUACAAGGCGGCCAGCGAGGGCCGGGUGCUGACCUUGGCCGCCCUGCUGCUCAACCGCUCCGAGGGCGACAUCCGCUACCUGCUCAGCUUCGUCACCCACCAGGGCGGGCAGCGCUCCACGCCCCUCAUCAUCGCCGCCCGCAACGGCCACGCCAAGGUCGUCCGCCUCCUCCUCGAGCACUACCGCGUGCAGACCCAGCAGACCGGCACCGUCCGCUUCGACGGGUACGUCAUCGAUGGCGCCACAGCACUGUGGUGCGCGGCUGGGGCUGGCCACUUCGAAGUCGUCAAGCUGCUGGUGAGCCACGGGGCUAACGUCAACCACACGACGGUGACCAACUCGACGCCCCUGCGGGCCGCGUGUUUCGACGGGAGGCUCGACAUCGUCAAGUACCUGGUGGAGAACAAUGCCAACAUCAGCAUCGCCAACAAGUACGACAACACUUGCCUUAUGAUCGCGGCCUACAAGGGCCACGUGGAUGUCGUACGCUACCUUCUGGAGCAGCAUGCCGACCCCAACGCCAAAGCCCACUGCGGCGCCACAGCUUUGCACUUUGCGGCGGAAGCCGGGCACCUGGAGAUCGUCCGCGAGCUGGUGAAGUGGAAGUCCGCCAUGAUGGUGAACGGGCACGGCAUGACGCCGUUGAAAGUGGCCGCAGAGAGCUGCAAAGCCGAUGUCGUGGAGCUGCUGCUGGCGCACGCCGACUGCGACCGCAAGAGCCGGAUCGAAGCGCUGGAGCUCUUGGGCGCCUCGUUCGCCAAUGACCGGGAAAAUUACGACAUCAUGAAGACCUAUCAUUAUUUAUAUUUAGCCAUGCUCGAGCGGUACAGGGACAGCGAGAACAUCAUAGAGAAGGAGAUCCUGCCUCAGAUCGAAGCCUAUGGCAACAGGACUGAAUGCCGGACUCCUCAGGAACUGGAAGCCAUUCGGCAGGACCGAGACUCCCUACACAUGGAGGGCCUCAUUGUCCGAGAGCGGAUUUUGGGUUCGGACAAUAUUGACGUCUCGCACCCCAUCAUUUACCGCGGUGCCGUUUAUGCGGACAACAUGCAAUUUGAACAGUGUAUCAAACUCUGGCUUCACGCCCUGCAUUUGCGGCAGAAAGGCAAUAGGAAUACCCACAAGGACCUGCUCCGUUUUGCUCAAGUCUUCUCUCAGAUGAUACACUUGAACGAGCCGGUGAAAGCCAAGGACAUUGAGAGCGUCUUGAGGUGCAGCGUCCUGGAGAUCGAGCAGGGGAUGGCCAGGGUCAAAAGCUCUCAGGAUUCCGAGCUCCACACGGCUCUGGACAACUACGAAUGCAAUAUCUUCACCUUCCUUUACUUGGUGUGCAUCUCCUCCAAGACCCAGUGCCGGGACGAGGAGCAGUCCCGGAUCAACAAGCAGAUCUAUAACUUGAUCCACCUGGACCCGAGGACGCGGGACGGGUCCAGCCUGCUGCACCACGCGGUCAACUCUGGCACGCCGGUGGACGACUUCCACACCAACGACGUCUGCAGCUUCCCCAACGCGCUGGUCACCAAGCUCCUCUUGGACUGCGGCGCUGACGUCAACGCCGUGGACCACGAGGGGAACACCUCCCUGCACCUCAUCGUCCAGUACAACCGGCCCAUCAGCGACUUUUUGACGCUGCACUCCAUCAUCAUCAGCUUGGUGGAGGCGGGGGCGCACACGGACAUGACGAACAAGCAGAAGAAGACGCCCCUGGACAAAAGCACCACCGGGGUGUCCGAGAUCCUCCUGAAAACUCAGAUGAAGCUGAGUCUGAAGUGCCUGGCCGCUCGAGCAGUGAGGGUGUACCGCAUCAGCUAUCACAACCAGAUCCCCAGAACACUGGAAGAGUUUGUAGAGUUCCACUAAGCCACCCCCUAGACGGAGGUGCCUCCCCCCCCUCCUGCCCUGGCCAAGGGUCAGACUCUAGUUAAUAAAACACCAGGCAGAGCUUUUGAAUUCCUUUUUCUCCUCCCUUCUUUCAUCUACAGUCGGUAUCUCAGCACACACACCCUUUCUCUCUCUCUCACACACACACACUUACUUGUGCAUCAGUCUCACAAGCUGACUCACUUGCUUUAAUUUGGAAACUUGUCACCAGCUUCCAAAAAUCCAAUUUGGGCAAACUCCUAAUCAGAAUGGGAGUAAACUAUUUUGAUCCUGCGAUGCGCAAGGGUUUUUGCUGUGGAAGGCUGAGAAGGCCUUUGAGCAGCUCCCCGCAAAAAGAUAUUUGCGUUCAGCCUUUGUGUUCACCUCUGCAGCUGUAGGGAGAACAGGGAGGGAGGAGUGAAAAGAGAAUUCAGGAGGGAUCCAAUUGCUGGGCUCUCAGUCCAGGGGAGUUUUAUUCCUCACCAGCCUGUUUUUAAUGCCUUUCUGUUCCCACUGAAAGUGUCGGUAAUUUUUUUUUUUUAAAAAAGCAAUUUCUGUGUGAAAUGAAAAGUCACGUUGAACACUUCCUGCAAGCAAAGGAAGAAGAUGCUGGAUGAAACUCAGGUGUGUGAACGGGUUCAUUCGACUAUAUUGGGUAGGGGGAAAAAACAGGCAAACCUGCUCUCUUUUUAUUUAAGUUCCUUUUUAGAAAGCAUCAAGCAUGGAUGCCCCCAUCUUUGUUCUGGAGAAUGCAAAGCAUUUUGAUUGCUAGGUCUAAAACUCACAUCUGAAAUGUUACCUGCUGUGUUUUCCUGGUAUCUUCCAAUCAGUUGCUCUACAAGGAUCUUUUCGAAGGAUCGUUUCUUUUAGAUAUAUAUAUAUAAUGUCGAACCAUUGGCGGGAAGACUCAGGGAGGAAGAAAGAGCUGCUUUUCUUUUUUUUUUUGCAGUGCCCGAUCCCAAGAGUAGAUUUUUUCCCUUUUCGUUCCUUUUCAUUAUGGAAUUUUGCAGGAAAAUUGGUCUUCCCCCACCCUCCCCUCACCUCCAUCACAACAAAAGCCCCGAUCAUCUUCUGUGAAGGUUGAUUUGUUUUUUAAAAGAUCAUUAUCAGUACCGAGACUGGAGAAUGUUUGUGGCUUGCGAGCAGCAUCUCUCCUCGCCAGAAACUUCGGCAGCUGAAUGUCAAUUUUUGAUAGGUUACAAAAAUUGCACUCUUGCCCUCCCCUCCCGCCCGUUUUGGAUGCCACUUUUUAACUGUCGAGAUGGAGAAAGAAUGUUCCACAGUCCUAUUUUUGGAAACGGAUCAGAGGGUUCUAAAAAAAAAGGAGGUUCUGGUCCCAGACACGUUUGUUUGUAUUACAAAUAAAACCUUGAAUGUGAAA